AUGCUUCUCCCCUCACCACCAGUACGAAGCCAUCAAGCUAGUCUCAAGAUGGUGUCUUCGAAGCAGUCGAAGAGGUCGACCAAGCGGGUCCUUGCUCUGCUCGCCGUCGCCUCAGCUCUCAGCAGCGUAGCUGUCGCCAACGCUGCUUCGGUGCCCGGACGCUCGUGGUUCAGACGUCAGGAUGCCAGCCUUGAUUCAGCCGAAGCUCAGAUUCUCAAGCUCAUCACCGCCGACGGUCCGUAUGCCACUAUGACGGGUUCGGGCUCCGGUGCGAUCCAGUCAGCCGUCGGUUUGAGCGGCGACGCCGGUGUCUCCUCUGCGGCCUCGGUUGCCUCGGCUAAUGCUGCCUCAGCUGUCGCCGCAACCGAUGCCGCGGAUGUACCCACGGGCAUCAUCCAGGCAGUUCAGGCUUCGUCCUCACCUUCGGCAAGUCCAGACAAGGUGGCGAGCGGCACCCUUGAUCCUAGUCUGCAGGCUCAGCUUCAGUCUGAGUGGGACCAAGCUAGUGGAAGCAAGGAAAGUGGUGUUCAGAGCUGGACCUACGAUCCUGGUGCGUACGGCUGCGGGCUCGGUAAAGAGGGAGGCGAUGUGGCAACUGCCACGCUAUGUAGUGCAAAUCUUGCUGCCGCCGCUACGCCGACAGCCGCUGCUUCCGAGCGGGCAGCCAAUGCUUCGCCGGAGGGCGCCUUCCAGCCAGUUUCGGCUGCUACUGGCGCUGCUCGCCGACGUCGCGCCCUCCCUACACCCGAACCUCAACCUCACCGCCGUCAAUACCCAAUCGACGACGGAACCUUCAACACCGUCUCGGACCUCUUCCCCCUCUUCACCUCCUACGUCACCCUCGACCCCCCUUCCACCACCCGCGUCUAUUUCGGACCCACAUCCAACCUCAACACGACCGUCCCGCGUCGAGGCACCACCGACUCUGGCAACGGCGAAGCGCCCAGCAACAUCAACAACCCCAACUCGCCCGACCUCGGAUGGCUCGACGUCCAGGUCGGCGCUGUCCCCUACAAGAACGGUGAUCUGAUCGCCAGCAUCGUCUGGAUUCUGGCUACCAUCGCCCUCAUCCCGCUUCUGCUCAUCCGAUGCCUUCGCCGCUCGAGUCUGAUCUCCAUGAUCCUGUUCACCAUCUUGGUGUACAUGAUCCUCAUGCUCGCCACGUUUGGUGUGAGGGCCAAGAUCUCGAACGAUACUCCCACCACCACGUUGAUGAACGUCGAGGGGAUCAUCCUGGCCGUGCUGAUCCCGCUUUUAAUCGAACCGCUCUUGCACCUGUUGGGAUUGUACUCCAAGCAGAGCGGACGCAGCACGGGAGUUCCCACGGCGGCGUUGGUACUGCGCAUCCUCAACUUUAUCGUCUUUUUGCUCUUCCUGAUUGCAGCUGCUUACUUUGCAAGCUGGCUGGACAAGUGGAACAAGGCGCUUCAGAUGACACAGACGGCUCAGGAUUUGCCCUCGAUCGUGCCACCCAAGAUCACGCGAAUCGGACCCGUCGUAGGCAGCGUAGUCGAGAUCAUCGUCAUCCUCGGAGCCGCUCUGCUCAUCCCCGUCGCCCGCGGCGAUUCCGGCUCGGCCAAACCGGGCGGAUUCAUCUUCCUCCUCCUCCUUCUCCUCUUCAUCUCCACCGUCUACCGCCUGCUGCAAUCGCUCCACGCCACCACGCGAAUCUCGGCCGAACUCGGUGGCGAUCUCAACGCCAACGACCUCCUGCCCUUCUUCCAAGGUGGCUCGAGCAACUCUACCACCGACAACCAGAGGGUCGCCAACGGUCUCAGCCUCGCUCCUCAGGGAAUGUACGGCCCGCGAUCGGAGGGAAUCGAUUGGAACCAGUUGCAGCUCACCAUGGCCAGCAGGGGCACGCCGCAGACGCCGUUGAUUUUCAACUUGGUGUAUGUGCUGCCAAUGUGGUUGAUGGUGUUCCUCCUGUUCUUCGCGCACGCACCGGCGGGGAAGAAGGAGGGUGAGGCGGCCGACGUUUCCGGAGGUAAUGUCGCCGUUGCAAAGGCGUGA